GAGGCGAGAGUGGGCGCCAUCUUCUUCUCGUUUCACUGAGGGCUCUACUUGUUUUGGGGAGGCUGCUGCGACGAGGAGUGCCCCGGCCCUCGACCUUGUGCGUCCGACUCGGCAGCAGUGCCUCCCUGCGGUGGUGCGUGUGCGCUUCCCAGUGAUCUUGAGAGUGAAGAUCUCGAAGGAUUUCAUAGUUAAGUUGCUUUUACAGAAUUAACAGGUCUCCAAGAAAUUUAAAAAAAAACAAGGUCAUUAUUGCUGUGGUUUGAGCUCAGCAUGGCUGUAGUCAUCCGUUUACUGGGGCUUCCUUUUAUUGCGGGGCCUGUGGAUAUUCGUCACUUCUUCACGGGAUUGACUAUUCCUGAUGGAGGAGUGCAUAUUAUUGGAGGGGAAAUUGGGGAGGCUUUUAUUAUUUUUGCAACAGAUGAAGAUGCAAGACGUGCCAUAAGUCGUUCAGGAGGGUUUAUCAAGAAUUCAUCUGUAGAGCUCUUUCUUAGUAGCAAGGCAGAAAUGCAGAAGACUAUAGAAAUGAAAAGAACUGAUCAUGUAGGAAGAGGGCGAUCAGGAUCUGGGGCAUCAGGGGUUGGCAGCCAAUCUAAUUUUAUCAAGAUCGGUAAGGAAGAAGCAAGUAAUUCUGGAUAUGGCUCUUCGGUUAAUCAAGAUGAUGGGUUUCACACUAAUGGUACAGGACAUGGUGAUUUAAGGCCAAGAAAAACAAGGCCAUUGAAGGCCGAGAAUCCUUAUUUGUUUCUGCGAGGUUUGCCUUACUUAGUAAAUGAAGAUGACGUACGUGUCUUUUUCUCUGGUUUGUGUGUGGAUGGAGUAAUUUUCCUAAAACAUCAUGAUGGCCGAAAUAAUGGUGAUGCUGUAGUAAAAUUUGCUUCAUGUAUUGAUGCUUCAGGAGGUCUUAAAUGUCAUAGAAGUUUUAUGGGUUCAAGAUUUAUAGAAGUAAUGCAAGGCUCAGAACAACAGUGGAUUGAGUUUGGUGGUAAAGCGGUAAGGGAGGGUGAUAUUCCUAUGAGAACUGAAGAACAUUCUCCAUCAAGAGGAAUUAAAGAUAGACAUUUUCGAAAACGGUCUCAUUCAAAAUCUCCCAGAAGAACACGUUCUCGUUCUCCUCUUGGAUUUUAUGUUCACUUAAAAAAUCUGUCCCUAGGUAUUAACAAAAGGGAUUUAAGAAAUUUCUUUAGAGAUACUGAUUUGACUAAUGAACAGAUUAGGUUUUUAUAUAAAGAUGAAAGAAGAACAAGAUAUGCCUUUGUGAUGUUCAAGACCCAGAAAGACUAUAAUACUGCUCUGGGUUUACAUAAGACUGUUUUGCAGUAUCGUCCAGUUCAUAUUGAUCCAGUUUCUAGAAAACAAAUGCUGAAGUUCAUUGAAUGUUAUGAAAAGAAGAGGUCAGGGUCAAUAGAAAAAGAGAGGCCUAGAUAUAUUUCACAAAAAUACUCUCAAGAAGGCUACUGUGGUCAGAAGCUGUGCAUAUAUAUAAGAAAUUUUCCAUUUGAUGUUACAAAAGUAGAAGUACAGAAGUUCUUUGCAGACUUUUCUCUUGCUGAGGAUGACAUUUGCUUGCUCUAUGAUGAUAAAGGAGUUGGUCUGGGAGAAGCAUUGGUGAAAUUUAAAUCAGAAGAACAAGCCAUAAAAGCUGAACGCUUAAACCGGCGAAGAUUCUUAGGGACAGAGGUAUUAUUAAGACUUAUAUCUGAGGCGCAAAUGCAGGAGUUUGGUGUAAAUUUUUCCUUGAUGUCCAGUGAGAAAAUGCCAGCCCGUUCACGGUCAUGUGAUAGAGAUGACAGUUCACAUAUAUUUGACUCAAAAGACCCACAAGGAUACUCAGUUGGCCCUUCGGAAAACUUUAGGCAUCAGAUAGAAGACUUGGGCCAACUGAAUAACUUCAAGCAUCCUCAGGGGGAUUUCCGAAAGCCUGAUAGGCGGCCUCCAGAAGACUUCAGGCACUCCCCAGAGGACUUCAGGCGCUCUCCGGAGGACUUCAGGUGCCUUCGGGAGGAGCACUUCAGGCGGCCUUCUGAGGAGGACUUCAGGCACCCUUCAGAGGACGACUUCAGGCACCAUAGGGAGGAGGACUGGAGACCCUCUUUUGAGGAGGACUGGAUGAGGCCAUCGGAGGAGGAUUUUGGGCAGUACCCUGAGGAGGACUUCAGGCCACCCCCAGAGGGAGAUUUCAGGCAGCCACCUGAGGAUAACUGGAGGCGGCCACCUGAGGAGGACUUCAGGCGACCUCCUCAGGGGGAUUGGAGGCGACCACCCGAGGAUGACUUCAGGCAACCCCUUGAGGAGGACUUCAGGGGACCCCCAGAGGAGGACUUCAGGCGGCUCCCAGAGGAUGACUUCAGGCAUUCCCCUGAGGAGGACUUCAGGCGGUCACCCCAGGAACACUUUCGGAGGCCACCCCAGGAACACUUCCGGCGACUACCCCAGGAACAUUUCAGGCGACCGCCCCCGGAGCACUUCCGGCGACCACCCCCAGAGCGUUUUAGGCGACUGCCCCCAGAGCAUUUCAGGCGGCCUCCCCAGCAGCACUUCAGGCGGCCUCCCCAGGAGCACUUCAGGCGGCCUCCCCAGGAGCAUUUCAGGCGCUCCCGAGAGGAAGAUUUCAGAAAUCCACUGGAUGAGGACUUUAGGGGCCCUCCUGAUGAAGACUUUAGGUGCCUUCCUGAUGAGGACUUCAGGAGCCAUCAGGAAGAAGAUUUUAGAUGUCCUUCUGAUGAGGACUUUCGGCAACUCCCUGAGGAAGACAUCAGGGAAGCUCCGGAGGAGGACCCUAGACUUCACGACAAUUUUGGACCUCCUGCUGAGGGUUUUAGGAGCCCGUCUGAUGAUUUUAGAAGUCACCGCCCUUUUGGGACUUUUGGUCGCCCAGAAGGUAGCAAAUUUGAUUUUGGAAAGCGUAAUAUGGGAGGUUUUCCUGAGGGGAGAUUUAUGCCUGAUCCAAAGUUAGAUUGUGGUUCAGGUAGAGUAACUCCUAUUAAGAUAAUGAAUCUUCCAUUUAAAGCUAAUGUUAAUGAAAUUUUAGACUUUUUCCAUGGUUAUAGAAUCAUACCCGAUUCAGUAUCAAUACAGUAUAAUGAGCAAGGAUUACCUACAGGGGAAGCCAUUGUAGCUAUGAUAAACUAUAAUGAAGCUAUGGCUGCUAUUAAAGAUCUCAAUGAUAGGCCAGUUGGCCCCCGCAAAGUUAAGUUAAUUUUGCUUUAGAGAACAUUAUUAAGUUCAGAGUUAUCAUCCCACAGUAUUAAUGCAGUAAAAUGCCUUUGUUCUUUUAAAAGUUUAUUUUUAAUGAUCUCGUGAAAAGAAAUAUUUUAAUUUUGACCUGUGAAUAGAACAAAUGUAAAUAGAAUGUGAAUCUGGUUUUCUUUUGCUUGGAAAUUGCCAUUCAUUUUUCCUAAGUUAAAAUUAUCUAUGCUUUUUUUCUUUGACAGAGGAGACAACUAAUUCAGUUCCUUGAGCUUAUUAAUUUUUGUUGAUGUCAUGGGAAAACCUUAAGAUUUGUAUAGAGUUGUAUUUGGGGAAGAUAAAUUUUAUAUUCACUUUUAUUUCAUUCUGUAGUUAACUUUUUUUUACUCAUACUGUAUAAGGAAAUGGUCAGUGACUGACUGUCCAGGUUUGGCAUUUUCAUUGCUGCCUGCCUUCAGAAUUAAUGCCUUCUUUCUUGUGUGAGAUAUUACUGUGUUAAGCCUCCUGUUAAUUACAAAUAGUUAAAAAUGGACAGACUGUGAACCUUGAAAUUUACUUAUGUAAAAAGCUUAGGAAAUUCUUAAAAUUUCCAUGUUCGUAACUUUGCAAAGUUUUAUAAAAAUAAAAAAAAAAUUGCAACUGAA